ACGUCAUCCCCCCCGCCUCCAUAUUUUACGUCACUACCAGUGACGACAGUCCUCCCAAGGAGCAGGCCACACGCGACAAACAGUAUCACUUCUUCAGUUCGGAACAUGGUGAUUGCAAAGGUCUCCCAGUCAUAGCUCAUCAGACGAGGAAGACACUUGCAUGAAAUUUCCAUUGGGGUGAACAGUCAGUGAUUUGGGCCUUGCUCUAUCAGUUGCCAAGCAAUCAGAUCAUUGCCAGCUUUCACCUUCAUCUCUCUUAAAACACUCACUUUUGGAGAUUGCUGCAUGGGUGUAAAUGAAGACUACUCAUUUAACCCAAGUUUUCUUUCGUCGCAUCAGGCAUUUGUGCUUCCCUUUUGAUCACAAAAAGUGACAAUGAACUAGCAGAGCUUAAGAGUAUGCUAUAAGAAGUGAAGCGUGUAUAGUGGCCAGUCUGGGAGAGAGGGGACUAUUGCCACCAGAUGGCGCUCUUCAAGACAGGAUCUGUUUGUCGUAGCCGUUCGAGCUUGAUGCGGACCGUGUUCUUCGCAGCAUUCCUCAGCAUUUUGUACAUCAACAGCAACUACCUGCGAGCUCACUGGUCGUCGAGGAGCAGUGGCAUGGGCCCAGAAUCGUACUCGGAGGAUCUGCCUGCGGACUUCAGGAGUAGGCCACCACAUCAGGGCGCCCGCACCUGCCGACCCCGCUCCAACUUCGUCUUCAUCAAGUGCAUGAAAUGCGCGACGGAGACGAUGGCAUCCGUGCUGAGGCGCUACACCUAUCAGAGAAACCUGUCGGCUGUACUUCCGGUGAAGUGGCGCCUGUACUUGGGUUGGCCGUACCCCAUGACGUCAGACGACUUCCGGCCGUCGCGGCGCGGGUACAACACCCUUAUCGACCACGCCAUCUACAACAGCAGUAGCAUGCGCGCCCUCAUGCCCCCGGACACAGUCUUCAUCACCAUGAUUCGGGAGCCCUUCAAGCAUUUCGUGUCCGUCCUCAACUACUUCGACGUCUUCAGCAUCAGCAACACCAGGGUGCAACAGGGCAUUGCCGCCGUGCGAGACUACCUCCGCCAUAUCGAGGAGUAUGAUGCUGUGUACAAAAGCGCGCAAGCCGCGCCCGACCGCAUUUGCAUCCCCGACGACUUCUCCAUCACCAAGAACUUGCUGUCGCACUGUCUGGGCAUGCCCACUGGCUUCCCUCUCGGCAUGGCCAACAUCACCGGCAACUCCGAGGCAGUUGAGCAGUACAUCCAGGACCUGGACGCGGAGUUCUCCCUCGUCAUGAUUAUGGAGUACUUUGACGAGUCGCUGGUCCUCCUGCGCCGCCUGAUGUGCUGGGACACCAAAGACAUUCUCUACCACACAGCCAACGUCGGCUCGUACCAGAAGAACUUCACCGUCGCGGACCUCUCGUCGGAGGAGGCGUCCGUCCACCGGAACUGGUGCCAGGUGGACAUACGUCUGUACGAGCACUUCAACAGAAGUUUCUGGAAGAAAAUCCGGCAGCAAGGAGCGGACUUUGUGCAAGAGGUUGUGUACUUCAAGCAGGUGUUGCAAGCCGUUAAGUCUUUCUGCGACAAGAAAGCCUCUCCCAUUGAGUUUCCUGAGUCCCGCUGGUCUCCUGCCUUUCAUGUCUCGGCCGAGGAGUGCCGCCAGAUUUUUUGCGACCCGCAUGACUUAUUGGUCAGUUUAAAGCGGCGAUAUGAGAAGACUGAGGGUCAAGUUCGGUUGAAUCAGACUAGCAGCCAUUUCACUCAGCGAAAAUAUUUUCCUUUGUGUUGAAGGCUGCAAACUCGUUGGUAAUGUCUGGCUUAGGUGAAUCGCGAUCACUUGAAAAAGGACUUAAAUGGUUUGUCGACCUUGCCGGAUUAAAACUUGCCAGAAUUUUGCUAGCAGCUACAUAACCACUCAGGUCACACACUUCUGAUUAAAGUAUCACAUUUGGUAGCUUGCA